GGCUGCAUCCAGCAAGCUGGCAUACUGGUAAAAGGACAGCAUGGGCUGCCGCUGGACUUCUCCGUAAAGCCAACCACACAGCAAUUCGACUGGACAGGAGAGCAGAGCUAGCCCCCCGAGACAGGCUAAAGCAAUAUUCCUCCUCAAGAUACCCAGCAUGGCAAACCCUGCUCCCCAGCUACAACCUCCCCCCAAACCCCUCCCCCGAACCCGGACUGCCCUCCUCAACCCUGUAGCUGAGACCACCAAGGAGACCAGCAGGGACACAGAGGAGGAGAGAGAGGGAUCAAGUGUGUGGAGAGAGACAGCAGGCGAGGAAGACGGGAGAGAAGAGGGAACCACUGAGUCAGAGGUGUCUGUGUCUCUAGAGGAGCCAGCUGGCUCGUCAGAACUAGAAGAGUCUUUAAGUGAGGAGGCCGAAGCCAAGGAGAUGGCAGCCAGAGAGAGGGAACUGCAGAGACAGCUCCUGUCCAUACAAGAGCUGGUCCACACUGAGAGGAACUACCUGAGGCUGCUGCAAGUCUGCACGGUGACCAUCCGUGCCAACCUUCACAAAAUACAGCCUCCACUGGCCAACCUGGACAGCAUGUUCCUGUACAUAGAGGACGUGAUGAAAGUCUCCAGUCGCCUCCUCAGCCUGUUGGACCAGCACCAAGGGAAGCUUGGAGAGCCCUUCUACCUGAAAACACUCUGUGACGCGUUCCUCAGCCUUUCCACAGAGAUAGAGGCGGCCUACAAGGAGUACCUGGCUAACUACACCAACGUGACCACGCUGGAGAACUCCUACAAGCAGAAGGAAGGCCUCUGGAACGAGGUCGUCAGAGUCAUCAAGUCCUCUGCGCCGGAGGUCAACGCCACGUCACUGACUUUCUUCUUGGUGAUGCCAGUCCAGCGUAUUGCCCGCUACCCCCUCCUGCUCCAGACCAUCAAGAAGCACACCGAGCCGGGCCACUUCGCCUAUGCCCUGCUGGAGGACACCGCCCACACCGCCAUAGCACUCAACUGCAAAAUCAAUGAGUACAAACGCUUCCGAGAAGUGGCGGACAAAUACAAGAAGACGGAGACCUUGACUAUCAAGGACAAAAUUGUUCGUCUGAACAGCCACAGCAUAGCUAAGAAGACUGCCCGGCUCAGCCAGUUCAUAAAACACGAGACUGGGAUAGCUCCAAAGCUGGUUGACGAGGAGUUUGAUGCGCUGGAAGGAUUCUUCUAUAUGCUGGAGAGUGGCAUCACUGAUCUGUACGAAAACGUGGAGAACUUUGUCCACAAUUUACAGAGGUUUCUUGCUUGUAGACCAGAGGAGUUUGACUUGGACCUGGACGGAGAGAAAUCUGCUAUUUCCUACAAAGAAAUCACUACUGCAUUGAGACAAUGGAUACUUCCGACAUUUGAGCAAAGAAUGAGGAGCCUCAUAUUCAGGCCUCUGUGUGCUCUGCGAGACCUGCUUGUUGGGCCUAGGAACCUGAUCAGGAAACGCCUGGACAAGCUGCUUGACUACGAGCUGCUGGAGGCUAAAGACAGUCUCAGCUAUGAGGAACAGGCUGUGGCUAAUACAUACAGGACCAUCAACACUCUGCUCCUUAACGAGCUGCCUGUGUUCAACGGACUGGCUCUGCAGCUGCUCUGGGGCAUGCUGGAGACCUUCAGCUGCCUGCACCGAGACCUCGCCUCAGACAUGAAACAGCUCUUCCAAGGCUUCGCCCAGCAGCUCCCUCACAGUGCUCUGGAUCAUGGUGCAUUCUGGGAGUGGGCGCAUGCAGAGGUCUUACAGGGAGCGCUGAGGCUGGAGAGUCUGUGUAGGAAUGUGCAAGACCAGCUCAAUGCUCCCAUUGUCCAGCCUCUCAGCCCGUCGUCCCAGCAACGGCUCAAGCUCCUCACGGAGAAGCACGGCCCUGGGAAGAUCUACCAGGUGAGCAGCCUGGUGGUGGGCUCCAGGGACCUGGACCUGAGCCUGGGCCGGGGGGAGCUGGUGGCCAUCCUCAGCGAGAUGGACACCAGGGGAGACCGCCGUCGCUGGCUGGUCGACGCCGGAGGUCCCAGAGGGUAUGUUCCUGCGUCCAAGCUCCUCCUCUACCACCAGGUCUGCCUCGACCCUCCCACCUCUCCCCACCUCCCCCUGCCCACCAACCAGGACAAGGUCCGCAGACACUCGUACGCUCCGGAUGCCAGGCCAAUGGCAGGCAACCUGCAUUACUUCCAGGUGUUUGCGGCCUACGACUUCACAGCGAGGACCAAUCACGAGGUGUCCCUGGCGGCCGGGGAGCCAAUCAGAGUGUUGGAGCGGCAGGACAAGAGAGGGAACCCCGAGUGGAGCCUGGUGGAGGCGAGGGGCAAGCGAGGCUAUGUACCCUCCAACUUCCUGGCUUUCAUGCCCUCCCCCGUGGUGACGUCAUCAGCCAGCGCCACCACCCCCUAUCACUAAGGUUGUGCUGGAGAAGCCCUUGGUGGGAGCCCACUGUACUUCACCUCAACCCCACCACCACAUCCUCAUCGAAGGAUUCACUCGAUGGAUUGCCAGCUUGUGUAUAUGUGUGUGCGCAGUCAAUGGAUCGUCGACACGGAUCGUAGGUGUGCUUGUGUGUGCGGGUGUGAAGCGAUGCUUCUGCCUGCUGCUAAGUGACGCUCUUCCAUGCCCUGCCGCAGCCCUGAUCCUGAAUCCCAGAGAGACUGCAGAGACCGCGGGGCCUCUGUCUGAGGGAGUACUGUUGCCAAGGGGCGUCGGAGGGCCCGCGGACUGCGGAUGACCAAGCUCUGCUCACCCUCAUCAGUCUGCCUGCAUCUCUGUGCCCCCCUUUAUCUUUUGAUCUUUACAUUUGUUGAAGUGGUAAACAGAUGUAUGUGUUCAUGAAAGCCAGACUUCCUCUCAGUGAUGCGCUCUCUGCUGCAGAUCGAUGCUGGUACAGAAAAGCAUAUACACACUGUUAUAGCAUCUUGAGCCUCAGCCAAUGUAGCGGUAACAAAUAUGCUGUCACGCUUUGGCAUGACGGAAAACUUGCUGUCAAGAGGUCUUUAAAUAUAGCUGUUUGUUGCAAGAAAUGCUCUGCGUGCGCUGUGCGGUUACCAAACCAGUUACAUCACUAGAUUAUAGAGCAGCCUAGCCCUGCUGUACUGCAGUCAGCAGCAUCUGAUUGGUCCAGAAGUCAGUGUGUGGGAAUAAGAGGACUCUACGUCCUGAUCCGUCCCCCUCGGCUGUAUCCGGGCUGUGCGGCGGCAGGAUAAGGCUGUCAUGUCUAAGAUGGCCACUAGAGGUGAGCCGACGCCAGCUCACAGCCUCGCCAGAGUCUGCGUUACCUGAGCCAGUAUUGGUGCUUAUCUAAGAAUCUUGCACAACCUCAAAUGUAGCCUCACGCAAGAGCUGUUUCGUGUUGCUGCUGUGUUCUUUGGAUGAAGAUCAUGGUCUUAAUGAGAAUGUGUCACAUUGUGCAAUUGUCUUGAAGGUGUUUUGAUGAUGACUCAUUGUAUUUAUUGAUUUUUUUUUAUAUGUCUAUUUCUCUGUCUAACCCAGGGCUGUUUUACAUGUCCAUCUGAGGGUUGUGAGUUACAAUAUGAAGGUGAAAUGACUCAUACUUCGCCGGAGAUAAAUAUAGGAAGUAAACCGGCAGUGCGUUUCUGCAGUUUUGUUAAUGCUGAUAUGUGCAGAACUAACUGUUCCCUUCCGGCAUGUUGAAGUACAAGGCUAGAACGUGUACCUCUAUUUUUGGCGUAUUUUGGAGAAAGGGCAGCCUGUGUCGAUGGCAUAUUUGAGGCGGUUCUGAAGCAGAGCUUUCAGUGACGGAGCACUACGACGAGGGGUAAUGAAGUGAGAGCAAUGGCCAGAUGCUUUUAGGGUUGCACUUAUCCCGACAGUGCCGUCGGUGUGUGGGAAUACCCUGCACUACUGACAUACUGUGGAAGCGAAGGUUUGGAUGUGCGCUCGUGGUGUGCGUAAGGGCUCGUCACGGCCGUUAACGUAGGCUCGCCUGUCACCACAGAUUGAAUCCCGAGCCCCCCCUACAGCGGUCUAUACCCUCAGCAUGACAAAGACUCACCGAUCUAAAAAUACUUUUCCCUCUCCCCACCGGUCUAAAAAUAGCCCACUGUCGUUGGUUGGUUGGAUCUCCAUCCCACUCACCAGUCUCCCCCUGUUGGCCACGGAGUGAAGUUUUUAUGAUCAUUUUCCGAUACUGUAAAGUUCCUCUGUAAGGCAGUUAAUCCUCUCUCCCUCGCUCUUGUUCUCCGAGAGCGAUACCAGGAGAGACACAGAAUCGAUAGCGUUGUUCUUGCUCGAUUGUCUGAGCAAGUGUUGCCAAGAUAUGUAGCCUGCUGUAGAACUGUUCCGUUGUUGGAAACAGACUGUGUCCACGCAGUUUCUGUCUGGCCCCCUCGGGCCAGAAGAGUCCAGACCAGCUACACACACACACACAAUCACACACACGAUCAUGUGUGUCAGGCCAGACUGCAAAUUUAUGGCCGUGUGUGAAUUCAUAGUUUGUUUUUCAGCAGCGGGCUGCCAAGGCGGGAGAGGGCCACAUCUGCAUCUUGAUAGCUGGAAGACAUUUUUUUUUCCUGGAAGUAUUUCACUCCCUAACCCCCCCCCCCCCCCCACCACCCCAUUUCACACACACUCGCCCUCUCUCCCUGCCACUCUACUUGCCCUUGAAGCAGUCUUGUAUUUGCAUGCCUAGGUCUUAACGUAAGAACUGCUUGUGCGUGCGUUCAAAGGAGGACAGACCUUUCAAAGCCGCGUCACGGAAAUAACCCUGGAGACUUGCUCUUUGGAGUGGUCUAAGCCUGGGCUGUGUUUGGGAACAGUUUGGCCCAUGCUGUGGUGCUUCUAUAAGAGCCAUCAGCUGAUCUCUGCACACAACCUAAUUUUAACAAUGGCUCAUCCAGACCAGCAUUGCAGAGGGAGAGGGCUGUCCUGGUUAAUUACCGGAGCUUAAGAUAGUGCUAACAACCACAGCUACAGGCUGGGACCCACGUGAGCCUCUGCCCCCAGAUAGCCUCUCAGCCCUGCAGCAUUCUAAACCGGCUCCCCCUGGAGACAGACAGGCUCCAGCCUCAAACACUUGAUGCCCUGUGUGUGUGUGUGUGUGUGUGUUUCCACUUGCAUUGGAAAUAGAUCAUGUGUGUGAAAUCUCAACCUGUAUAGAUUCUGGGGCUCCAUGGGGGGUUUGACGUAUGCUGUAUAAUAUUCCAGCCAAUCAUCUGGUCCGUUCUGCUCCCGCUCAGUGAUUCCUUCUAGGUAGAGAUGACUCAGACACUGACCAGCUGACCCUUCAAAUUCAAUCAUUUAUUUUCCCCCCCACACACUGCAUUGAAUUUACAGCAAAAGUCAGUUAACCUUUGAUGAUUUCCAUAAGGCUUAGCAGGUUGUUGACCAUGGCAGAUAAAGGACUAGAUUGUUCCCUGGAGAAGUGUGUGUGUGUGUCGAGGGCAGGACACGGCUCUAAAUUGAAGCUCAGUUGGGUGACCGCUGUUGAUCCCUGAGUCCGUUUAAAAAUGAAAAAGGCACUGUUGCCCCCAGCAUUCCCUGUUAGAAGAAAUGUAAAGAAAUCAAUUCUCCACUUACCGCCUUCCCCGAUGUCUCUCCAGAACGUUUCUCUCCACUGUCCCUAAAAGGUAGCACUGGGAUGCCAUUCGUGUUUUGUGUGUUUGGGGGCAGGCGGCAGGCCGCCAAUGACUGGCAGUAUGUCACAAGCUAGCCAGACAUGUGACUGUGGCCAGGCGUGGGGUGUAGGGUGACAGCUCAAGGUCUACAGUGUGUUUCCCAGUCAACACAUCUUCCUGCCAUGCGCCAGGAGAGACUAUUCAGACUGGACGUUACAUACUGGCUGUAAGCCCCCCCCCCCCCCCCCCCCCUGACACUAGUGUGCCCUUUAACUCACAUGCUUGAUGCAGUGCCCCCUUCACCUACAUACACACACACACACACACACAUUACUGGCCCCUUCUCUUCCUCCCUUCAUCUUGUAAACAGGGCCUUCCCGAUACAAGGCUGCCAGACUUUGAAUGUGCUGUACUUGAAGGGGCCGCACAUAGGCUAGCAUGGGUGUGAGGGGGACACAGGUAAUGAGACAGAGGUGAGUAGGGUUGUCUGUGUCAUGGACUGAAAGCUCCAUGCAUUUCUGCCCACCUGGGUAGCCUACAGACAAUAUUGCGAUGUUCUGUCCCUGCUCCUGCUACCUCGAAACAAUCUUUAGAAUCCUUUAUAUGACACUCCACAUAUCAAACUGAAAUCAAAGCAUUGGGCAAAAUUUACAGCUGAUAUAUAUCAAACAGCAGGUGUCAGGUUGGGGUUUGAAGAAUGGGUUAAAGGCAUUUCGUUUUCAGGAGCUCAUUCCUGUGUGACUCUUUAAACUGUCAAGCCUUGUGUGUUGCUGCGGUCUGUCGGAGAGAACAAUGUAGAACAGACGAAUGAAGUGCUUUGCCAUUUAAACAGGAACUAGCAGUGUUUUAAUUAUCUGUGAUACAUUUUGCUCUACAUUUUGUCUUUGCUAAUAAACUAAUGUAAUAUUCCCGUGUGAGAUGCAA